GCUCCUGCUGAAAACAUGUCGGGGAUUGACUUGGAAGCAUUAGCAGAGAUCGAAUUACAGAAAGACGAGGAAGAAGCAACCACAUCAGGAGCGCCAAGGAUGGCACUUGUGCCCAGCCCAGCUCGUGAAGACACAGCCCUGGGCAUGGACCAUCCAUACUAUGAUGUCGCCAGGCAUGGGAUCCUCCAGCUAGCAGGGGAUGACAACUCAGGAAGACGAGUCAUUACCUUCAGCUGCUGUCGAAUGCCCCCCUCUCACGAGCUCAACCACAGCCGCCUCCUGGGGUACCUGAAGUACACCCUCGACCAGUAUGUAGAGAAUGACUACACCAUUGUCUACUUCCACUACGGGCUGACCAGCCGCAACAAGCCUUCCUUGAGUUGGCUUCAAAGCGCCUACAAAGAAUUCGGCCGGAAGUACAAGAAAAACUUGAAAGCUCUUUAUGUUGUGCAUCCCACCAACUUCAUCAAGAUCCUGUGGACCAUUUUCAAGCCCCUCAUUAGCCACAAGUUUGGGAAAAAGGUGACAUAUUUCAACUACUUAAGUGAGCUGAGGGAGCAUCUUAAGUAUGACCAGCUGAUGAUUCCUCCAGAGGUUAUUCGACACGAUGAAAAGCUGCAGAACGUGAGGCUGGGCCGCCCACCCCCCUUGGUGAAGACGCCGCCACCCCGCCCUCCGCUGCCCACCCAACAGUUUGGUGUCAGCCUGAAAUACAUCAGAGACAAAAAUAAAGGCGAGCUUAUCCCUCCAGUCAUGAAGGAGACUGUGACCUACCUGAAGGACAAAGGUCUCCACUCUGAGGGCCUUUUCCGGAGGUCUGCCAAUGUUCAGACUAUCAAAGAAAUCCAGAGACUGUAUAACCAAGGGAAGCCCGUGAAUUUCGAUAACUAUGGCGACGUCCACAUCCCAGCCGUCAUCCUGAAGACGUUCCUCCGAGAGCUGCCACAGCCGCUGCUGACCUUCGAAGCCUACGAACAGAUCCUGGCGAUCACCAGUGUAGAGAGCAGCCUUCGAGUGACCCGCUGCAAGGAGAUUGUUGGGGGCCUUCCAGAGCACAAUUAUGCUGUUCUCAAAUACCUCAUGGGUUUCCUGCACAUGGUAUCCCAGGAGUGUAUCUUUAACAAAAUGACAGGCUCCAACCUGGCCUGCAUCUUUGGGCUGAACUUAAUCUGGCCAUCCAAUGGAGCCUCGUCCCUCAACGCCCUGGUGCCUCUUAACUUGUUCACAGAACUGAUGAUUGAUUUCUAUGAGAACAUCUUCAGCUCUAGGGUGUUGCCUUGUGGGACCUCACCAUAG